GCCACACUGUUUGUUAGGACUGCGCAAGCGCUCACACAGAGACAGCCGGUGGCUCCAGCCCCUGCACUAGCUAGGGUCAGAGUGGCCGCGUCCUAAGGCAGUAACUAUUGCGACCAGAUUCGCUGAGUGUCUGGCAUGAACCGCAAGAAGCUGCAGAAGUUGACGGACACCCUAACUAAAAAUUGCAAGCAUUUUAACAAAUUUGAAGUAAGCUGUCUUAUAAAGCUUUUCUAUAACUUGGUGGGAGAUGUGGCAGAGCGACCAGGUGCAGUCGUUGGAUUAGAUCGUAAUGCCUUUCGCAACAUCCUGUAUGUGACAUUUGGAAUGACAGAUGACAUGAUUAUGGACAGAGUAUUCCGAGGUUUUGAUAAGGACAACGAUGGCUGUGUAAAUGUAUCAGAGUGGGUUAAUGGAUUAUCACUGUUUCUUCGAGGAUCUUUGGAAGAAAAAAUGAGAUAUUGCUUUGAAGUGUUUGAUUUGAAUGGAGAUGGAUUCAUUUCAAAGGAGGAAAUGUUUCACAUGCUGAAGAACAGCCUUCUCAAACAGCCCUCAGAGGAAGAUCCUGAUGAAGGAAUUAAAGAUUUGGUUGAAACAACACUUAAGAAAAUGGACCAUGAUCACGACGGGAAGCUGUCUUUUGCAGACUAUGAAAAGGCUGUGAGAGAAGAAACCCUUCUGUUGGAAGCUUUUGGACCAUGUUUACCUGAUCCAAAGGACACAGAAGGCUUGUAGGAAGAACUGGGUUUCGAAGGACAAUAUGACCUGGUCAAAGUGCGCGAGAAUAAUCUAAGCAAAAGGAAUGGUGGAUAUCCACAGAAGGAGAGAGGGAGGGGGGAAAGAAAGCAAGAAAGAGAUGCAAGUAAGUCUGUGUCAGGAGGACACACGGUGUGGGAUGAGGCUGGUGACAAGGUUAUGGGUGUGCUGAAGGACCAAGCCCUGAGAGCUUGGUACUUGCUUUUUGUCAUGAAGGUGAUAAGCAUUCAUUGGGGGAUUUAAGGCAGGUGGAGUGAUCUGUAUGUAAUUAUAAUUAGUCUAGUUUGUAUCUCCAGCUGCCUACUGAUGCCUACUUGAUGGUCACAACUAACUCUCGGUUUCCUCCUAAACAUCCUCCUCCCCGAGUUACCCCCUGUCUGAAUAAGUGGUAUGCUCACACACUCAGUCGCAUAGUCAAAAACCUAGGAGCCAUCAUUAAUUUCUAUCUUGUAGCAUGAUUAGCUACUCCUCCAAAAUAUAUACUCAAAUAUAACCUCUUCUGCACACAUCUGUUGGCCACUAAGCUACAUCAAGCUUCCAUGAUGUGUCACCUAGCCCAGACCAUCAGCUUUCCUGCUUCCGCUGUUAGUCAAAGGUAAAUGCUGCCAUGCCUUGCUCAAAACCCUCCAGUGAGUUCUGAAAUUGAUACAGUGAGCCCUUUCACUCCAUCCACAUCUCUUACCAUCUCUGUUUCUCUCUUGCUACUGGAGCUGUGUCAGCCAUCUUGCUCUGCCUCCAUCCAUGCCAUUGCACUUGCUGCUACGUCUGUCCAGAAGUCCUUUCCCCAGACCCUCAUAUGUCUCAGUCUCUCAUUUCCUCCAUCUCCACCAAAGGACACUUCCUCAUAGAGCCUCAUCUUGACUCUUCCCCCAACCCUGCAUUACUUUUCUUCUCAGUUAUUUUCAUUACCUAAAUAUAUUUACUAUCUUCUGCCUCACUAAAUAGAUGUAAGUUCCCUGAGGUCGAGAGCUUGGUCCUCAUUUCAGUGUAUUUCCCUACAGCCUUUGAAUAGAUGCCUAAUGAUGGAUAGGUGGAUGGAUGGAUGGAUGGAUGGAUGGACAGAUGGAUAGAUGGACGGACGGAUGGAUGGACUGAGUGCCUGGUGGGGAGUUCUGGAAAUCUUCUCAAGAUUUACUUCAUUAUUUACAUUUACCCAACACAUUGAAAUUCUUCCCUCUCUAAUUAAAUCUUACCAUUCACCUUUAAAAUGUUUUCAGAUCAUCCCAUCCGAAAAAGCAAAGGAGAGAGAAAAUAAAAGGAGAAAACAAGAGAGGAGAAGGGGAGUGAAAGAGAGAAAGGGUGGAAAGGACAUUACCUUAAUUCAAUAUUGACUGCUGUUUUCUGUCAAUGACUUUCUUCUCACAAUCAAGUGUCUUGAAAAAAUUAUCCAGAUGUAAAACCUGUAGUACCACCUUCUUCUCACCCACCCCUGAAUCUACUACUGUCAAAGUCACCCUGCCUUCCUUGUUAAAAAAUCUCACAAACGCUCUUGGGUUCUUGUUUGACGGGAUCUCAUCCCUUCCUCACCCUCCCUGCCUUCAGCUCUCAGACUGACCCUGCUAUUUAAGGAAGCAACUUUGCUCCCCCACCGAGGCCUGGCUGUGUCCUCAUUCAUCCUGCUUUACUCCUGAGUCCACCUUGUGCCGAGAAUCAUUGCAACUCUCACUGCACUAACAGGCUCCCAGUCUCUGGCCAGUGUCCCCACUCACAUGGGGUUCCUGGAGACGUAGAGCAGGUGCUUGUGCUCUUGUUCCUCUUUGUGGCUCAAAACCAAGCACUUUUCUUGGAAUGUAAUCAGAGCUGAUGAGAUCUGUGUGUGAAAAAAUGCAUAAAAUCCAUAAGGUCUUGUUGCCGGCUCUCCCUCUACUCCCCUGUGUCUCUCUACAUCACACUAAGGAGCAUACAGAACAUUUUGUGUGGUUCUGUCUUUUUUAGAAAUCAUACUGAGUUGGACACUUUUAUU